UACUGCUUCUUGAAAUAGGGAUGUUCUUCCUUACAUUCUUGUACUUCCCACAAGGAACUUUUUGCAGACUCAGCAUAAUGGAGGAACAGUAUGUCAAAUUCAUGUCAGGAUGGUGUGACCCCUUCAUCAUGGAGUAAGUGGUUCACAUUAGAGAAAAGAUAGAAAGCAAUUUAACUGGAAGAAAUCAUGUUGCAGAGACUUCUUCUUCAUUCUUUCCACUGUCUGAGUGCAACUCCCCUUAGAUCCUCCUAGAUACUCUGAUUUUAGAUUUGGAUCCUGGAUUUGAACAGAUCUUAGGGCUGGGAGUGUGCCUUAUCUAGGUCUGUAAAGUUCUGGGUGAGUUGAUGGUGCUAUCUAAAUAGCUCCAUAAUGCUGUAAGCGGAAGGAGGAUUCAUCUCUGGGUGAGAGCCAAAUUGCUACCAAAGAAGGCAGUGUAUUUAAAAGAAGAGGAGGGGGCACCAGACAGAGUGGAGAUGAUGGGGAGAGAGAGAGAUGAGUGAUAGGUAAGGGAAGGGUCAGUGAUGAAUAAAAGGAGAAGCUACAUGAGAGGGAGGGAUUCAGACAGCAGGAUACUGGAGGUGGGGGAAUGGAAAAAGCUGUGUACUGAACAGUCUCGCUCUUCUCUGCAGGUGUUAUGGCCAAGGCUUCUAGAAUAUGUGGUGCCAGCCAGUACACUGGUACUUUGAAGCCUCUCUGCAGAUGCUUAGGGAACUGGAGAGAAAAGCAGCAGGAAGGAGAAGAAGCUGCUUGCCUCGACUACGGUGGACCAGUGAAACUCCCUACACCCCAGGGGCUGCUGGCACGACUCCUGGUAGUAGCCUCAUCCCCUUAUGCAGGAGAAGGACACGGAUGUGCUGCCUUGCAGUUACUACAGGCCCUGCACCAAAAUAUCCAUACAACAGUGGGUGAGAUGUGGGUAGUAAAGAUCCCAUCUCUGCUGCAGUACAUUGAAUGAAACACAGAGAAUUCCCUGGACCAUGCAUAGUGGGAGCACAUGCUGCUUCAAGUCCAAGAUGGCUUUCACUGUAUUGUCACCAGCCCUUUCCUCCCCCUCCAAAUGUAUCCAGCGAGGGGAAAUUUAAUGACAUCAGAAUUCAUU